CAUACAGACAAAAAUUGACAUCUCCCAAAUGGAACCGUUUUCGUGGAAUGAAGCUACGAUGGAAGGAUAAAAUUCGGCUUAAUAAUGUGAUCUGGAGGUGCUGGCAUAUGCAGUUUAUUAAAGGACAUCGAAAAUGUGUUUGCGCAUUUGGAAAUCCUUUGGAGAUAGAUAAUCAUAACAAAACAGAGGCAGGAGCUAUCUUAGAGGGAAAAUACUGGAAACGCAAGCUUGCCACAGUAACCGCAGAAUAUAAAAGGUGGAGAAUUUUUUACAAACAGCAGCAUGAGAAUCAGUUCAAUUUGCAGCCCAUUACUAGCGACCAUUUUAUGGAUAUUACUAACAAUCUCUACCAGUAUGGGACCAAGGAUGAUGUUGAUCUGGAAUCUAUGAUUACAGAUGCGGACUUCUUUGUAGAUGCCCUCUUUAACUCUCUUGGAUCUCAUCAACGUGAUCAUCCUCGGUGUUUGGAUGGAAUGCCGUGUAAUUCUGAUAUUAUCCAACCUGAUCUCAGUAUGCACUUCCAUCCGAACCUUGAUGAACUUAUGGACCUUGAUCCUAUUGCACCCCUUCAGGACUGGUUAUCUACCCGUCUACCAGAAGUAGAGAACAGUUCCUCCAGCAGAGGGAAGUCAUUAACUCCAGAACAGGAUUUACUGAGCUUGCCGAUGCCUGAUAUUAAAGAUAUUGUCAUGGACACAAACUUUCCAAUUCAAUCAUACACUCAACCUAAACUCCUAGAUCAUCAUAGACAGCGUUCCUUUUCUACAAGUAGUGUGGCAGCUCCAGUUGUUGUUAUGUCUUCAGAUAGGAACCGGACAGAUAUUAAUAAACAUGCAAUCAAAGAUGAUUUUUACUCAAAAGCCUCUUCUACUAGUAUCAGUUGUGAGCCUAGUACCAGCAAACUUGAGAACAAUUUCACCUUGGCUAAACGGGAACCAGCGCGGAAACCUAUCAAUGGAUUCAGCAGAGGCAAGUUAUGGAGUGCAGCUGUACGGCAGGCUCAAGAAAUGGAACUUCUUGAAUCUAAUCGAGCUUUCCCAGAUCAGAGUAAGCCUUUAUCAUCGCUGUCUGCACCCGCUGUUACCAGCUGCAGCGGCCUCCUGCAUAUUCGGGAUAAAGGACAGAAUCAAAGUGUUCUCCGUAAUCAAUCACAUCUUUCAAGUCAGCAACAACAGUUAUCAGGUCAGCAACCACAGUUGUCAAUUCAGCAUCAAUCACAACUUUAUGAUCAGCAAAAAAGAACUCGAGAUCAGCAAGGGAUGAGCGAUCAACAAGAAGUUGACCAGCAGCUACAAUUGCGUGCUGUUUUGGGGUAUCAAGAACAGCAAGUACUUCGAGAGCAGCAAGCUCUUGAAGAACAGCAGGAGAUUCGUCAGCAAGCACUUCGGGACCAACAAAUGAUUCGUCAACAGCAAUUAAAUCGGCAACAAGAAAUGAAUCGUCAACAGCAAAUAAAUCUACAACAGCAAAUAAAUCGUCAACAGUCUACAAUAAUUGAAAACCAAGUGAAGAACCAGCAGAUCUUCAUGAUGCCAAAAGAGAUGAUGGGGAUGAACCAGUCGAACAUCAGGAAUCAAGAGGGUCUUAUUUCGGUCAUUAGAGAACCACCGGCUAAGGUCAUGAGGCUAGAGCAAGAAUCUCCAUUUGUAGCUAGCGAAUAUAUGAGAAGGCCUGAACCGCUUGAGGAUUCGAGUAUUCUCAAUCUGAAAAUUCAACGAGAAUUCAUGUUCUCACAGUCCCAAAAGUUUGAGUUUGAGAAAGCAGAUAAAUCACGUGUCUCUAGUGACCCAACUAUAUAUGGAGGCACUAGUACCCUGUCAGGAGCACCUGGAGGAGGAGGCGGGGGCGGAGAUAGAGGAGAUAAUAUGGUGAUCAGGGGAAACUUUAGAGAGUUGAAGGAACAGGAGGCCCAGGAGACAGGGAGGAAGAAGGAAAACAGCCAGCUGCUUCAGCUACUACAAGAGAACAGGUAUGAUCAAUCAAUCAGAGUAAAAACUGAGACGCAGGGUUCAAGAUACGAGGUUCCACGAGCAACAACUAGAAAUUUCUCAAAUGAAAGUUUAGAGAUUAAACCGAAAGUUGGAGAACGGGAAGGAUUUCCUAGCAAGAACACGCAGUUAAAGCGGAAAGGGAAACAGAUCCCACCUCCUCCUCCUGGUUCUCAUCCACAACCUUCUUACACCAUAGGGUCCUCAAUUCCCAAUCCUGGGAUCGCCGACGAUUUGAAGGUUUCCGUUGCUGAGCAGAAACGACGAUGCACAAUCAAGAACGGGUUCGAUUUCUUGAGAACUCUUGUUCCCUCUUUAGCACAGAAUCCGAACCUAAAGAUAAGCAAGGCUGCAUUACUAGUCAAGGGUGGUGAGUAUCUUACUCAGUUAAAAAGUGAGCGUGAAGCAUUGGAUCAAGAAAUCAGCUGUUUGCGCAGCUCGGUGGAGACCUUAACGGAGGAAAUAGCCAGGUUCCAGGCCCAGCUUCCAACACAGGGGUCAGCUCCUAAAACUACUGUUUUGAACAGGAAAAGUGAACUGCAGAGUAUGUUUGACCAUCAUGUUGCUGUGUGUACUGUACAGAACUGGAAAUACUGGGUCUUUUCUAAAAUGAUGCAACCUCUACUAGAAACUUUUGAUAAAACCGUUAGCUCAAGUAGUUUUGAAGAUAUGUGUCGAACCACGAACAGUUGGUUGGACCAACAUGCUUCAUUAGUUCAACUCCGUCCUUUGGUCAUUCAUACACUCAAGGAUCUAUCUAUCACAACAGAUAUUCUGUCUGAACCUCACCGUAUGCCCCAGGAGGCUCUAAGCGCUAUAUCCCAGGAGCUUUACCUUAAACCAGAGACAAGCUCCAGCUUCUCUAGGAACACCAGCAGCUCCACCAGGGAGACCAGAGCUAGGGAUGCUAACUCCAGGAAUAGUUCGAAUAGAGAAGAACCAGAAUAUAUUCUGUAACACAAGUUGAAAUUUCUCCGUAAUGUUGCUAAACUUGUCUUCCAUAUACACUAUAGUAGAUAUAUUUACAAACAAGUAGCUUUGGAACCCAGCUUUGCCUGUACCCUGCCCUGUAAAAGUCAACCCAAUCAAAUUAGAAAUUUUUACAGACAGACCAAGAGAGAUGUACUUUUUAUACACAUUUUAGAUGAGGAGUAUAUGAUGUUUUUAUUUAAAAAUCAUUACUUCACUGUUUAGGUAAAAUUGCAUGUACCAAUUUUGUUAUAUUCUUAUUUGUAUAAUCAAAUUGGAUCUAGCUGCCUGCUUCAUUUUCACUAUUUGGAUACUCAAGCCAUAAUCAUGCAAUUUUAUAACUUCUGCCAUAUUCACCCAAUUUGCAUAAUCAUUCGCACAUUGAUAUUACAUAUUUAAAUAGAUAUUAAUCUUCUAGCCAAAUCCGCAUAAAUUUGUAGUAUACUCACGCUAUACCAAUAGCAUCAUUAUCAAAAGCAUUAUUAAUUAUCAAUAUAUAUCAAUUAUCAAGCAUUAUCAAUAUAUAUAUAUAUAUAUAUACAUAUAUGAUUAUUGUGUAUAUAUGUAUAUAUGUAUAUGGGUUUAGAUGUAUAGAAUUUAAAGACAGCUGUUAUUUUACUAUUAAUUAAUCCAAGGGAUAUUAGAUAAUAGAUAUUGAUUCUCUCACUCGCAUCUUUAUUGCAAUUUGUUAUUUUUCUCAUCUUUUAUAUACUACACAAUACAUUUGAUACACAAUACAUACAGAUAACUAAUAAUUAUUUUUAUUCACUUGGUCAAGGUUUGAGGCGGGAGCUUUUUUCAGGUCAUUUAGGUCGAGCCAUCACGUGAUAAUUGUAAAAAUCUCAACUCAAUCUAAAAUUGUUGCAUCUCAACCCUUGACUGAGCAGGCAGUUUUAUAUCCCGUUUGGCCACAAAAGUGUCGGCAACAUUGAUAGAUAAA